AUGGACAGCGCGGCACAGAACGGCGGUGCAGGCCAGAGGGCCGUUGACCGUAAUGGACAUUCUCAGCAACACAGUGAUCCCGGCAGAAUCCUGAACAGACUCAAGCAUUGGACAUGGGCAAACUACACGUUUCCCAUGGCGACCGGCGGCGUGGCGCUUCUGCUGUCAGAGCAGACACAGGCGUACAAAUUUGAUGGACUGCAAACGAUCGGAAAGGUGGUUUACAUCUUUGACCUCUUCAUUUUCACCAUGGUUACGGCAGCCAUCGUCUGUCGCUUUUGCAUGUUUCCUGGAACCCUGAAGGCGUCGAUUACCCACCCUACCGAAGGUCUUUUCCUGGGAACAUCAACCUUGAGCCUGGCUUCCAUAAUCGCUGGCAUCGCUCGGUAUGGAAUCCCGGCCUGCGGACCCUGGCUGGUCACUGUCUAUCGAGUCUUAUUCUGGAUAUACUUCGCCAUCACUUUCUUGAUUGCCGUUGGCCAGUAUGCUCUUCUGUUCACGCUGCCGGCGUUGAAGAUCAGGGAUAUGACUCCGGCUUGGGACUUGCCAAUCUUCCCUUACAUGUUGUCCGGGACCCUUGCUGCCACAGGUGCAUCUCUCCAGCCACCAUCGCAAGCCGUACCCAUGAUCGUUGCUGGGUUGACUGCUCAGGGACUGGGGAUGCUCGUAUCCAUGAUUAUGUACGCCAGCUAUGUCCGGCGCAUGAUCCAAUGGGGAUUCCCAUCUCCUAACUCGAGGGCUGGAAUGUUCAUUGCAGUCGGGCCUCCCUCAUUUACAAGCCUGGCAAUCAUCGGCAUGGCAAACAACUUCCCGACAACAUACGACUACUUCGGCAACGCUGAGCUCACUAUGCAGAUCUUUCGCGCCAUAGCAACAAUGGUCAGCGUAUUCAUAUGGUCGCUCAGUCUUUGGUUUUUUGCUAUCGCCGUCGUUGCCUGCCUUGCAGCCAGAAAACAUAUGACCUUCCGACUCAACUGGUGGGCUUUUGUGUUCCCUAAUGUUGGGUUCACAAUUGCCGUCCUAAACAUCGGUAAAGCGCUGGAAAGCCCAGGAAUCAAGUGGGUUGGAACUAUUAUGACAAUACUGCUCGUCUGCACUUGGUUAUGUGUGUUCGGCAGUCACAUCCGGGCGUUUAUCAGAAGAGACAUUGUCUACGAUGGCAAGGACGAGGAUGUUUAUCUUGACGAAACGGAGCACGCCCAUGCUAAACUCGAGAACGCUGGAUUAUCGGAUCAGGAGCGACUGCUCAAACAAGCUUGA